UGUUUUCUCGAUGGUGUCUAAUGCUGGAAGUCACUGACCAACAUGAAGAUGACUUCUGAGACCGGGUUGAAGUAGUAGUAAAAUUCUCAAUCAACAGCGCCUUUACCUAUCAUGUUUGUUGAGCAGAUAAACUCAAGCAACGUUACCCACAUUUACAUGGUCUCCCACUGAGCUCCUUCUCCAAGGCUCAGCCACACAUCCUUACUGGAUCAGACAAUCCAUUCCUCAUUACAGCUGUAGGGAGAGUCCAACAUGGUCCAAAGGGAGCACCAGCUGCAGUGAGGACGAGGCUUGGAUGGGCUCUACAGGGACCUACUUAUCUUGAGUUCCUGCUCCAGCAGCUUUGGGUGAACAACAAGCAGUGGGAUCAGCCAGGGGCGUUGUUUCAGCAAAAGCUAAGGUAUGGCAGCUGCCAUACCUCGCCAUGCCUAAAUGAUGCCUAUGGGAUCAGCCUACCUUCUGGUGACCUGAAACAUGCAUGGAAUGAGUGGAAGAGUGAACUCCCAAACCUGGCUCACAUCACCCUCCCCAGAUACAAUGCUGCUCCCACUGAGUGUCCUGAUUGGCCUGCUGUGCUUGAGUCAUGCCGGGGGUGCGUGGGGAUUCGCCCAUCUGCUGGAUGAUGUGGAGCUACGCUCUGCCUUCUCAGUUGCACGCACCAACAGCAUGGAGGGCGGGCCCAAGAUGACCGUAACCUUUGAUACUGUUUAUGUCAACAUUGGCGGGGAUUUUGACCCCAAGGCUGGGUUUUUCCGCUGUCGUAUCACUGGGGCCUACUACUUCUCCUUCACAGUGGGGAAAUUUCCACACAAAGAUCUGUCAGUGAUGCUGAUGAAGAACAGAAACGAGGUGCAGGCCAUCGUGUACGAGGAAAACUCCGGAGAGGAGAGGAAGGUGCAGAGCCAGAGCGUCAUGCUGCAGCUGGAGUUUGGUGACACUGUCUGGCUCCGUCUCCAUGGUGACCCACGCUAUGCACUCUACAGCAAUACUGGACACUACACCACCUUCAAUGGUUACCUCGUCUACCCUGACACCUAUGGCUUCCAGACACACCAUCACCAACACCAUACUGCCUUCAACUCCCAGCAGCACCAGCAAGACAACACCCCCCUGGUGAAUAGCAACCAGGCCACAGAGCGAGUCAGGUCUGGAACAAGAGACACAGCAGUAGUGGAGCAGGAGAAGGAGCUUCAACAUAGGGAGGAAGAAGAGGAGGAGGAGGAUGAAGAGGAUGAGCAGAGAUCUGCCUUCUCGGUGGGGCGCACCCAGAGCAUUGUGGGAGUCAACCAAGUGGGCAUGCCUCAGCACCAGCCAGUUAGCUUCGACACAGCUUUUGUCAACAUCGGAGAAGACUUUAACGUGACGGAGGGGGUGUUCACCUGCCGAGUUGCUGGAGCAUACUAUUUCUCCUUUAACGUGGGCAAGCUGCCGCAGAAGACACUGUCCGUCAAGCUGAUGAAGAACCAUCUGGAGGUGCAGGCUAUGAUCUAUGACGACAGCCAGGGGGAGAAAGCUCUGCAGAGUCAGAGCUUGAUGUUGUUGCUGAAACCAGGAGACACCGUGUGGCUCUACUCCCACCAGAGAGAUGGCUUUGGGGCCUACAGCAACCAUGCCAAGUACAUCACUUUCACUGGCUUCCUGGUUUAUCCAGACAUCCCCAGCACCACUGCCGCCACCAGCCAAUCAUAUGCAGACAAGAAACCCUAGCUGUAGCACAUGGGCUAGGGACCGAACAUUGUGGGAGGAAUUCAUGCUAAGUGGAAGAGUCUCUGAGUCCACAAGAGUGGAGAAUACUUGUGGUUGUAUUUGAAGCUUCUUCUUCAUAUGAAUUCCUUCACAAAGUCACAGAGACCUUGGACUAAUUGCAGAGCUUAAAUGAGAAUCUCUUCAAUUUCCAGCAAUGGCUUCCUGAGAUAUGACUUCUUCACACACAAAUGUGGAACCUUCAAUGACAGUAAUGUGAACUGUAAUUGAAUAUUUCACUCUGUAAUGAAAAUGCAGUCAUUACCUGCUCACCUCUGUGUCAGCUGAGGACUUAGAUAUCAUACCUCUCUGUGACUGAAAUUCAUGGUUCUCAAAAAUACUAUCCUGUGUCCACUGUUAGUACUCCAUGAUUGAAGUAUUUUAUAAUCAAUGAUUAACAGUGGGCGGCAUGGUGGUGUGGUGGUUAGCACUGUUGCC